AAAACAAACAAAAUGGCAGCGGCGAUGACGGCGCGGUGGUGUGCGGUGGUGUUGGCUGUCCUCCUUGUCGCUGCUUCGUGUUGUGAUGCGAGGCAGCGGCAGCUGUGGGGACCAGCAGUGAAGGCAGUGGGAGAGAAAGGCGUUGGCAACGAUGCAGACUUGUGCAAGUCCCUGGUUCGUCGCAAUUGGACGCUGACGUUGGAGGACAACUUCUCCGAGGGACUGAACACAUCGAGGUGGGAAGUGCGCCAGAAUCAGACACACUGCGAGCCAUGCGAGCCGCAGCUUUACCUCUCCAAGAACGUCUACGUCGCAAAUGGCUCCCUCGUCCUCAAGACCGAUCGGGAGCGCGUCGUGGGUCCAGGAGGACAGGUGUUCAACUUCACAAGCGGCUGGGUCGAUACGAAGGAGCGUUGGUAUCAGCGCUUUGGGCGGUUUGAGAUUAACGCGUCUCUGCCGGAUCGUCGCUCCACAGGCAUCUGGCCCGCAUUCUGGCUCAUGCCAAACCCUUCCACCGCGUCGCCGGUCGACGUGUGCUGGCCAGUCGGUGGUGAAAUCGACGUGUUCGAGUACACAGCCAACCCAUUCGUGGAUGCUGUCUUUGCCACGUUUCGGUGGGGCCCAUCCUGUGGCGAUGACAAGCAGCCUUUGCCUGGCAGCAUGUAUCCACCCGAGUUUCGUGCCGGCAGUGUUGACUUUACAGAAUUUCACACAUAUGCUGUGGAGUGGAACGAAACGACAAUGGCCUUCUUCGUUGACGAUGAGUGCUAUCAUGUCAAGACGGCCAACGAGGUGUCCAUUCCACAAGACCCAUUUUAUUUGAUCCUGGACACAGCCGUCGCGUGGUAUUUCCCGCCCGGACCAGAUGCAUUGUACCCGGUCUACCAUGUCAUCGAUUAUGUCAGGGCGUACAAGUAACCCGACACAGGGGAAAGUGGGGAGAGGGAAAAAGAAAGGAGAGGUGGCGGGUGCUUGCAUGUAUGUGCACGUGUACAGUGUGUGCGCCGUGUGUGCGCCGUGUGUGCGCCGUGUGUGUGUGUGUGUCGCUGUAUCGCUGUGUAUGUGUAUGUGUGUGUGUGUCGCUGUAUCGCUGUGUGUGUGUGCGUGCACGUGCGUGGUUGUACCACCAUGUAUAUAGCUGUGGUUGUGUGUGCUGAAGUGCAUGAGUGUGCGCGAGCGUGCGUGUUCGUUACUAGCAAAUAAAUACGCUGUGCACUG